AUGUCCCUGGCCUCUCGCGUCGUCAAUCUGUUCUCUUCGGGAACAAACAGCACACAACAGGAUCGUAACGAGAUCAGUUUCGUUGACGAUGGAGCGGCAGCAGGGAGUCAGGCUUUUGCUAAUAUCAAGUCGAGAACAAGGAGCGACAUGUCAGAACCUAUGGCAUCCAAAGCGCUCGAGGACGAGGGGCGUCCGCCCUACCUACAUUCGAUGAUUGCUGGAGGACUUGGUGGCACAACUGGGGAUCUAUUGAUGCAUUCUCUAGAUACGGUUAAGACACGCCAACAGGGCGAUCCGCAUAAUCCGCCGAAGUAUUCCACGAUGGGUACUUCGUACACUACGAUUUUGCGCCAGGAAGGUAUAAGGCGGGGAUUAUAUGGCGGAUGGGUACCGGCGAUGCUUGGAUCUUUUCCUGGUACCAUUAUUUUCUUUGGCACAUACGAGUACAGCAAGAGACAUAUGAUUGACUACGGCAUCACUCCUCAAAUUGCGUACCUCUCAAGUGGAUUUGUUGCAGAUUUCGCUGCCUCAUUUAUUUAUGUCCCGUCCGAGGUUCUCAAAACGAGAUUGCAGCUACAAGGUCGCCACGAUAAUCCAUUUUUCAAGUCUGGGUACAAUUACAAAGGAACAGCCCAUGCAGCUCGGACGAUUGUCCGCCAAGAAGGCCUCUCUGCUCUUUUCUACGGAUACAAGGCUACCAUCUUCCGAGAUCUCCCGUUUUCCGCCUUACAAUUUACGUUCUACGAACAGGGCCAGACUUGGGCGCGGCAAUGGAAGCAGAGCAGAGAUAUCGGUUUACCCCUGGAGCUUUUGACGGGAGCUGCAGCUGGCGGACUUGCUGGAGUCAUUACAUGUCCUCUUGACGUCGUCAAGACUAGGAUCCAAACUCAAAUAAAUCCCUCCGGCGAACCCGCGAUAAAACCGUCACCUAUACAACAGGCAGCAGCUAGCCAAGGAAACACACUAAAACAGCAAAUACGUUCCAUAUCAACCUCAUCCCCUUCGACACAUACACCUCGUCCUGGAUCAAUGAUCCUAGAUACUUCAUCGGUGCUGACCGGACUGAAGUUAAUCUACAAGACAGAAGGUCUAGCUGGCGAGUUCCGAGGUGUAGGUCCCAGAUUCGUGUGGACUAGUGUCCAGAGUGGGUGUAUGCUGUUUUUGUACCAAACAAUUCUACGGAAACUGGAGAUUUAUUCGAGUACUAGCGAUGGGGAGGACUGUGUAUGA